AGUGACACCAGGCAGCAUUUCAGCACAGAGCAGGCUUUACUAGUCAACUGGAGAAUAGCAUGGGGAAGUCCUUACGUUAGCAGAGAGAAGCAAAGGCGAACACAUAGUCCUUGCUGGCCAAGUCAGGGCUCCCUUGAGCCAUGCUGCUAAAGGAACCAUCCUGGGAUCCUCUCUCUGUCUCAGUUCCUUUGUGUCUCAGUCCCAGUGCAAGGAUGGAGUUUCUCUGGCGUCUGUUGAUGAUGAUCGGGAUCCUUGCAGGGACUGGGGUGUCUCAGGGCUGCACCCCACCACCAGGGGCUCAGAACUUGGCGCUGGGACGCCCGGCCACUCAGUCCUCCAUAUAUGGAACUAAUGUGGCUGGAAAGGCCGUGGAUGGAAAUCGUGAUGGGAAGUGGGCACAAGACUCCUGCAGCAUCACCAAGUACAAUACAGCGCCGUGGUGGACCGUGGAUUUGGGCAGUCGUCAGUCUGUCUCCGCGGUGAUCGUGAAGAACAGGGAGGACUGCUGUGGGGAGAGAAUCGCAGGGGCCCAGGUCCGCGUGGGAGACUCGCUGAUCGACCAGGGCAAGCACAACCCCAUCUGCGGGACCAUCACCGACACCACACCAGGAUCCCUCAGCACCAUCUGCUGCAACGGGCUGGAGGGCCGCUACGUCACCAUCACCAUCCCGGGCAGGGCGGAGUAUCUCACCCUGUGUGAGGUCGAGGUCUACGGGACCCAGCCAGGGGAUGAGUUGAUCGUGAGCCAGGCAGUGGUAACAGAGCGGUGUCCAGCCCCGAGCCUGGGUCACAGGGUGACUAUUAAUGUGUGGAGGAGAAGCCAGGAAGCUUCCGUCUUGUCCCCGGACACCGCUGGGAACUGCCUGGGCGACGCCUCUGCCAUCGCUGUUCCCUUGGCAGACCUCCUCUUCCUGAGCGAAGAGCCCCUGGAGCCCUUUGAGUCGCUGGCUAGAGACCCAGGGACCGGAGAUCUCUACGAGAUGGACAACUCCCAGCUGGUGAAUGACAAAUCUUCUCUGGAGGCUUCCCCGGACAUCUCGACCCUUGACUGCUCCGAGACCCCCUCCCUGAACAACUCCAGCUCCUACAGCCAGACACCCUCCUUGCUCUUCGUCAGCCCCGAGUUGCUGCCUGUCCUGGGGGAGACCAUCCUGCAAGACAGCAGCUUAGACCUGCAGGACGGGGGCAACCCAGGGGAGGAGGAAUCGGAGUCUCUGGAGCACAGCCCCCCCGCUGGAGCCGGAGUCCCCAGCCCUUGUAAAGUACUAACCAGUCGUCGUACCACCAAUCGGGAACUGAAUAAAAGCAGCUGGAUUUCCCUUCCCAAGCGCAGUCGCCCACAGACCGUGGCAAUAGCGGAGAACAAGGCUGUAGCUGUUGAACCACCUGGAAGCGAACUGAAGUUUCUGCCUAUCUCACAAAACCGUGCAAGGAUGGAGUUUCUCUGGCGUCUGUUGAUGAUGAUCGGGAUCCUUGCAGGGACUGGUGUGUCUCAGGGCUGCACCCCACCACCAGGGGCUCAGAACUUGGCGCUGGGACGCCCGGCCACUCAGUCCUCCACGUAUGAGAACGACGUGACUGGAAGCGCUGUGGCUGGAAAGGCCGUGGAUGGAAAACGCGAUGGGAACUGGGAACAAAGCUCCUGCAGCCACACGCAGCUCGACACAGAGCCGUGGUGGACCGUGGACUUGGGCAGUCGUCAGUCUGUCUCCGCAGUGAUCAUAAAGAACAGGGAAGAAGAAUGCUGUGGGGAGAGAAUCAGGGGAGCCCAGAUCCGCGUGGGAGACUCCUUGGCCGACAAUGGCAAGCAGAACCCCAUCUGCGGGACCAUCACCGACACCACACCAGGAUCCCUCAGCACCAUCUGCUGCAACGGGCUGGAAGGUCGCUACGUCACUGUCACCAUCCCGGGCAGGGCGGAGUAUCUCACCCUGUGUGAGGUCGAGGUCUACGGCACCCAGCCGGGGGAUGAGUGUUAUAACUUGGCGCGGGAGCAGACGGUCUCUCAAUCCUCCACACACAAGGAAUACGGGCUUGAAAAAGCCGGGCCUGGAAAGGCCGUGGAUGGAAAAUGCGAUCGGAUUUUGGACCAUGGCUCCUGCAGCCACACCCAGGAUGAGAGAGAUCCGUGGUGGAACGUGGACUUGGGCAGUCGGUAUUCUGUCUCCAUGGUGAUUGUGAAGCACAGGGAGGACUGCUGUGGAGAGAGACUCAAGGGGGCCCAGAUCCGCGUGGGAGACUCGCUGAUCGACCAUGACAAGCAGAACCCCAUGGUCGUCCGUCCUGCUGCCAACUCGCCUGUGCCCCCUAAUCUCAGCCUCUCGCUCUUGUCUUCUGCUCUUUGCAGCUGCGGGACCAUCACCGACACCACACCAGGAUCCCUCAGCACCAUCUGCUGCAAUGGGAUGAAGGGCCGUUAAGUCACCAUCACCGUCACCAUCCCGGGCAGGGUGGAGUAUCUCACCCUCUGUGAGGUCGAGGUCUACGGCACCCAGGUGGCGGAUGAGUGCUACUAA